UGUAUUCCAAUUUAAUUAUCUUUUUAUAUUACCAAUUAUAUCCUUCUAAGUUUUAAACCAUCAAUUAGAUUCAUUUCGUUCUCAUAUACAUUACUCGGAAACGAACAGUUCCUCGAAAUUGUUUACAGUCCUCAUAGAACUGCACGAAGACUCUAAAUGUGUAUCUCUAUUAUGCCAGUUCUCAUUACCCUUUUACACUUCGAUCAAUUCCCGAUAAACCUGAAGAAAAUCCCAGUUUGAUUCCCUUUUUUGCAGUAUCAAUAAUGGAAUACAUGGACGAAGAUAUCGUAGCCCAGUACUUUUACAAAGGCGCGAAAGUUGAAAUCAGCAGCAAAGACGAAGGCAUUCGAGGCUCUUGGUACGCGGGCACCGUCCUUAGCCACCGAAAAUCGAAGAGGAAUUCUUGCAUGAAGGUGCUAGUGAAGUACAAAACCCUGUUGGACAACGAGGGCACUUUGCGGCUGAGGGAGGAGGUGGACGCGAUACAGCUGCGGCCGGCACGUCAUCAGGAGAACCGCUGGAUUUUCGAUUCCAGUGAGAAUGUGGACGCGUAUUAUCAUGACGGGUGGUGGGAGGGUGUCAUAACUGAAGUGUUGGGGGAGGAUAAAUACAGGGUGUUCUUCCGGGACAGCCGGGAGCAGAGGAACUUUAAGGGUUCCCGGCUGAGGAGCCACCAUGAGUGGGUCAUCGGGAAGUGGAUCCCGCCUUUGGAAAAAGGAUACGACGUCUCGCCUCCAUUGAAGCGGCCAAAGGUUGAGGAAAAUUUAAGUAACGUGUCCGGUGUGAAGACGGUUUUAUUAGACUUCAUACAUCGUGCAGUCAAAAAUUACAAGAAACUUGUGAGUCAUUGCACUCUG